AUUUGUAUGGGUUUCUUGUUUUUCUUACAAAAACAAAACAACAUAUAUAUUUUCGUGAAAGUCAAUACCACCAAUAGUUAGUUUUUUUGUGACUAAUUCCUAUCUUAACCAGCUAAACUAAUGGAUUUGGGCGAAUCUAUCGAAGAUGAUCAAAAGUUUUUAAUUUACAAGCAAGAGGAAUUGUUUAAAGAUAGUUUUCCUGUCUUCAAGGAAAUACGUCGAAUUGGUAAACUAUGCGAUGUAACACUCAAGGUGGAGGACCAAACGUUUUCGGCCCAUCGAAUCGUUCUUGCGGCAACCAUACCAUACUUCUAUGCCAUGUUUACAAAUAAUAUGGCUGAGAGUCGUAUCAAAGAAAUAACAAUGAAAGAAAUCGAACCAUCAGCUUUGGAAUCUUUGAUCAACUUUGCAUACAGUGGUCAAGUACGCAUUGAUAAUCAAAAUGUCCAAAGCCUCAUGAUGGGGGCAUCAUUCCUGCAGCUUUUGAAAGUUCGUAAGGCAUGUGCUGAGUUUCUGAUUUCACGCUUUCACCCUCACAAUGUUCUUGGCAUACGACAUUUUGCAGACUCUAUGAGCUGCGUACAUUUAAUUAAGGCGGCUGAUAAGUAUAUCGACCAGAACUUUGAAAAAGUCUCACAAUCCGAAGAGUUUUUAGCUUUGGGUUUCGAAGAAUUAAUUGAUUUAAUUAAGAGUGACUACUUAAAUGUGAAAUCCGAAGAAGUGGUAUUUGAGGCCUGCAUGAAAUGGGUGAAGCAUUGUGAGCCAAAAAGGGCAGAAUUAUUUCCGCAGGUAUUGGCCAAAGUGCGACUUCCAUUACUCUCACCGCAGUUUUUGGCCGAUCGCGUAGCCCGAGAGGAAAUGAUACGUUCGUCACAUCAAUGUCGUGAUUUGCUGGACGAGGCCAAAGACUUCCACUUGAUGCCGGAGAGAAGGGGUCUCUUGCAGAGUUUCAGAACUCGACAUCGCGGAGAAUUUAUAUCGGGUCAAAUUUAUGCUGUUGGUGGUUUGGCAAGUAAUGGUGAAUCUGUGAGUACUGUUGAAAUUUAUGAUCCUAUCACUCAAAAAUGGCGUAUGGGUGAACAAAUGUCCAUGAUGAGAUCCCGCGUUGGUGUUGCUGUAAUGGAUGGUCAAUUGUAUGCUUUUGGUGGUUUUAAUGGUUCAGAACGUUUAUCAACAGUUGAAGUGUAUGAUCCUAGACAAAAUAAAUGGUCGCAAGGCAGUGCCAUGAAUUGUAAAAGAAGUGCCGUCGGAGUAGCUGCCCUAAAUGACUGCAUAUAUGUGUGUGGAGGUUAUGAUGGUGUAACUUCGCUAAAUACAGUGGAAUGUUAUUGUCCCAAAACCGAUUUAUGGAAAAUUGUGGCACCCAUGAUGAAAUAUCGUUCGGCUGGUGGUGUUGCUGCUUUGGACAAAUACGUCUAUGCUUUGGGUGGCCAUGAUGGUCUCUCGAUCUUUGAUUCUGUUGAACGUUAUGAUCCCGUCAGUGAUGUGUGGCAUAAAAUGAAGCCAAUGUUAAAUCGUCGCUGUCGACUGGGUGUAGCCGCUUUAAAUGGCAAAUUAUAUGCCUGUGGCGGUUACGAUGGUAACUCGUUUUUGCGCUCCGUCGAAGUCUAUGAUCCAAUCAAAGAUUCCUGGUCCCUGGUCACUUCCAUGAAUUGCAAACGCAGCCGUGUUGCUUUAGCAGCCAACAUGGGCAAAUUAUGGGCCAUUGGUGGUUAUGAUGGUGAAACCAAUCUAUCCACCGUUGAGGUUUAUGAUCCUGAAGCAGAUCUCUGGUCAUUUGUACCAUCUAUGUGUGCACAUAGUGGUGGAGUUGGUGCUGGCGUUAUACGCAAUGAAUAAACUAUAAUUUUAAUUGUAUCUACUUAGCUAUCUUCAUUCAUAUAUUCUUAGCUCUUUUUCGAAAAAGCAAAAAUUUUUAAAUCUUAAAUCUACUUAUAAAAUUCUAGAUGUAUAAUAUACGACUAUCGCCUGCGUAGCUUAUCAAAAUUAGAAGCAAAACGAAUAAUUGUAUUUUUUAAAACAA